CAUAGGGGCUGUGUCUCUGCACGCUUGGGGGGGGGGGGGGAGCAUUUUUCUUCCCAGGUAGAUAUUAGGGAAUUCUGGAGAUAAAGCCACGGCAGCACGACAGCGUCUUGCUUUUAAUACAGCCGACCAACUCUGAGCUAUUCCUGCCGCCUCCCUCGCAGCUCACCUCCAGCACCCCGCCGGCCACCCGUCGCAGCAAGGCCAGUUUCGGGGGCCCGGUCUCGCAGCAGCGGCCACCCCUGCUCUGCCCGGAGGGGUCGUUCAGGACAAGCGCACGGCCUGGGCUGUGCGGGCGCAGCUCCGGACCCGCUGUCCCCAGCUCCAGCGUCCCGGGGCCGUCCCGUGCGUGCGAGCGCCCGGGUAAAGACCGCUUGUUUUUCUACCGCCUGUUCCAGAGGAAUCCAGCCGGUCGGGGAGCGCAGCGCCGCGACUGAUUCGAGGGCUUGCUCCUUCGCACUCGCUCGCCCGAAGGUCUCGCCACCGGGAGGGAGGAGGGAGAGCGGGAGGCUGCGCUCCGCGGCGGCGGCUCAGCGCACCCAGAGGAACUACAAUUUAGCGGCAGACAGUUGGACACGGUGAUAAACCGAAGAGUGGCUAGCAAAGAGCGGGCGAGAGAAACGAGAAAGCACAAAGACUAAACUAAGCCGAGCAGCCUCCACCUCCUUCUCCGGCUCUUUAUUUGCAUAUUUACUAAAGACUUUAGGAAAAAAGAAAUAAAUAGAGAAAAAAGAACCCACCACCAACCCCACUCCACCAAAUCGGGAUUUUCGGGCCGCCGGGGGUUUCUCCGUGCCGCCGAGCACGCCCAUGCCUUAAAUUUCCACUUCAAGGAAUAAGCCCCCCGCUCCCCCGAAAUGAAAUAAACCCAAUAAACCUGCCAAGUCUCACUCAUUCCCGAGGGAGAUCUCCUUCGCACAGGGAUUCAUUUCGGAGGCAGCGGCUCGCUUUAUCUUUUUUCCGCCCCCCUUCCCCCGGCGGAUCCCCCCCGUACCCCGUUCCCCGGGCGUCCCCCGACCCCCUGUCCCCUGCCCGGCCGAUGCUGGCCCGACCCUAACGAUCCCCUCCCUUUGCCCCGUCCUCCCGCUCUCCCCGAUCUGUCAGCCCCCCGCGGGGCCGUCACCGCCCGGGGGCCGGGUCGGGGUGGGCCGGGGGCGCGAGGCUGACCGCCCUCCGCCCCGCCGCCAGCCCCCGGCUCGGGCUCCCGCCGCUGCCCCCGCCUCUCCCCCCCCUCCUCCGCCUAUCUCCAUGCGGCAGUGAGCACCGACCCAUCCGGAGGGCCAGGACCGGCAGGCAGCGAUGGGCGACACGGCUCCCCCCCAGGCCGCGGGGCUGGGGGCCGGGCUGCUGGGGGGGGGCCCGGCGGCGCCCCGUGUGCACAGCGCCAUCGUGGAGCGGCUGCGGGCCCGCAUCGCCGUGUGCCGCCAGCACCACCUCAGCUGCGAGGGGCGCUACGAGCGGGGCCGCGCCGAGAGCUCCGACCGUGAGCGGGAGAGCACCUUGCAGCUCCUCCACCUCGUGCAGCAGGGGCAGGGCGCCCGCAAGGCCGGCAAGCACCACAAGGCGCCCGCCGCCGCCGCCGCAGGACCGGGCACCGCAGCGGCCGCCGCCGCCGCCGCCGCGCCGCCGGACUACCACCAGCACCUCCUCAGCAACGGCGGCAUCAACGGCGAGCAGCCGGCGGGGGAGCAGCGCGCCUCGGCACUCCUGGCGCUCCAAGGCUCCUUGAAGAGAAAGUUGGUGGUAAAUCUGUCACCUGUCAACAACAAGAGGCCCAAUGGUGUUUCAGAGAGCUCCUUCCUUGACAUUAAAAGGAUAAGAGUGGGUGAUAAUGUCUCAGUGGGACAAAGUGGACAACAUGUUAACAAUUGCCAAAGCCAGUCAAUGUCAGGAACUAUGUCUGUGGGGCAAGGAUCACAAAGAAAGUCUAACAACCUAGCAAACAGUACACAUGUGAGUGGGAAUGGCAUGUUUAAUAUGACUUUAAAAGAGGUAAAGAAAGAACCAGGAGAAACGAUGUCCUGCAGCAAACACUUAGAUGGACAGACAUCCCAUGAGAACAUGUUCCCUAACAGAUAUGGGGAAGACUCGUGGGAACAAAUGAUGGAUCUGGAGCUUCAGGAGCUAUUUAAUGAACUGACUAACAUAUCAGUGCCACCAAUGAGUGAUCUUGAGCUAGAGAAUAUGAUAAACGCCACCAUAAAACAAGACGAGCCAUUCAACAUUGACCUUGGGCAGCAGAACCAGAGGGGCCCUGUGAGAUCUCUGCAGAUGGAUAAGAUGGUGAUAAAAAGUGAAUAUGCACCAGGCAUGAAUCAGGCUCCUGUGGGCUCCCCACAGAUGAGGCCUUCUUCUACAGGUCCAGCCUUCACUAUGGCCACCACUGCCAUGUCCACUUCUUCACCCAUCCCUUCGGUGCCUCAGAGUCAAACACAGGUAUCGCAGGUUUCUUCUGCAUCCGGUCGGCCAUUGCCUAACUGGCAGGAGGUCUCUCAUGCACAGCAGCUCAAACAGAUUGCAGCCAACCGGCAGCAGCAUGCCUUGAUUCAGCAGCAGCAGCAGCAGCAGCAGAACCAGACAGCCAACUGGUCCACUCUGUCUCCAUCAGGACCUUCCCCUGGACCCUUCAUGCAAGAGAAAAUCCCCAGUCCUUCUUUUCGCCAGCAGCAGUUCAGCCCACAAAGCUCAGCAAUGCUUGGGGUACCAGUGAAUGGAAACCAGUCGAAAGGGAUGAACAACUAUGUUUAUAAACCAACCACUCCCCAGAGCAAUCCCAUGGACAUAAUCAUGCAACAGAAGCCUCAGGACCUCAACAGGAACUUUAUUAACAGCACUCAGCCACCACUAGAGCAGCAUCAUGGCAACACAAAGCCUUUGUUUCACUUUAACUCAGAGCAAACAAACCAGCAGAUGCCUUCAGUUUUGGGUUCCCAAAACAAGCCUGCCCUUCUGCACUACACUCAGCAGGCACAGGGUUCAGCCCCUGUGCAACAGCCACAGCAACAGCAGCAACAACAGCCACAGCAGCAACCUGCUCAGCCUCUCCCGAACCAGUCUCUUCAAAGGCCACCUAAUGUACCCCUAGCACUGCAGCAAAAAAUGAUGCUUCAGAAAAUGCAGCAAAGCCAGCAAAUCUCAGGUUUGCAGUAUCCAGUCUCUCAGCAGCACAGACAGGAUCAACACUCUGUGGUAGGCCAGGGAGCUGGCCCCACUCCAAGCUCCAGUUCUUGCUCAAAUCCAAACACUGGAAGUGGUUACAUGAACUCAUCCCAGCAAUCAAUGUUGAAUCAGCAACUGAUGGAAAAGAAACAGGCUCUGCAGCGGCAAAUGAUGGAGCAAAAACAACUCCUUCUACAGCAGCAGAUGUUGGCAGAAGCCGAGAAAAUAACUCCACAAGAUCAGCUGAACAGACACUUGACACGACCACCACCAGAUUAUAAAGACCAAAGAAGGAAUGUGGUCAACAUGCAACAAGCAAACCAAUAUCCUGGUGGCUCACCAGCAGUGACUAUGAGCUCCAACAUGUCCUUAUCCAACCCAAUUUCAACUCAUAGCAUCAUGACCCAGAGCUCCAGCAUCAUGUCCACUCCUGCUGGGACCCGAAUGCCUUCUGUUCCUGCCAAUCGGAAUAUGGGCUGCUACGGGAACCUUCCUUGCAACCAACCAAGUUCAUACAAUGUGACUUCAGGAAUGAAUCAGAUGCAGCCACAGAGGAACCAAAACCAAGUCCUGCCCGGUCAGAAUAACCCCAUGAUGUCUCGACAGCAAACCAUGGCACAGGGAAACAACGCAGCGGCUUUUGGGACGGCGUCGGUGGUCAACUCACAGCAAGUAAGGCCAAGUUUGAACCAUGGAGCUACAGGUAUCCCUGCACAAAGGCCGGCCAACGUGAUGAUCACAGCUACUGCCACUGCCCAGAACUGGGCGCCGCAGGAGGCUGCAGUGAAGCAGCAGGAUGCACUGAAACCCGCAGGAGUCCGUUUCCCCACUGGCACUCCAUAUCCUAACCAGUCUUUACAACGCAGCGUAGGCAACCAGCAUUUUCCUCAGCGUGCACUGGCACCUCUUAAUCAGUUAACAACGGGAGUCCAAAUGAGGCCUCCUAUAAACCAAAUGCAGCAGACUCUAAAUGGACAACCCACUGGCUCACUACGAGGUCUCAGCAUAAGACCUAACCAGCUGAGAGGACAGACUGUGCCUACCUUGAAUCAGCCGGGAACGAGUAUGACACCUCCAUCAUCUCUGCCAUCAACCAGUUUCACAUCUACCAACCAAAACUCCCGGGCUUACCAAGGAAGUGACCAUGGCAAUGACCUAGCAUUUGACUUUCUGAACCAGCAAGGUGACAGUAUAGGACCUGCACUCAACAGUGACUCAGACUUUAUAGAUUCUUUACUGAAAACGGAACCUGGUAACGAUGACUGGAUGAAAGACAUCAACCUCGAUGAAAUUUUGGGGAACCACUCGUAAGUGACAGUACCAAGGGUCAAUGAGAUGAAGAGGCAGUAAGGACAUUAGCUUUUUCUUUAGAUGCCAACAACCUGCUUUAUUAAUUUACACUCCAGUAAUUGGGCUGUCCUUAAAGAUACCAUGCAGGGCGACUGCCCUGUUUGAAGAGUUGCUCUCGGAAUAAAACUGAAGUCUCCCUGAUGAAUGAUAACAUAAGUGAUAUUCAUGCCUGCCACAAAGAAGUGAAAGCACGUGAAGGGUCUGUUCCCCACACCAGUGCCCAGCACAUUGCAAACCAGUUCUUUCCAAGGAAGCAACAUGGAGAAAAAUGUUUACCCUCCCACACAUGCAAGUACCAGACAGUGGUUGUGGAACAUCAUUUCUCUGUGUGUAAAGUAUGAGCCCAAGUGGUCCAGAGCUCUUCAACCAUCAUGUUUAUGGCCCUUAACUUCCUCAGGACCACUCAGCCCUGAUGGCAUCAGGCCCUGUGUAAAUCUUAUUGUGUUAAAAAAACUGUUCACUUCUACACAGUACAAACUCACAUGUGCUUUCCCAAUGAUUUUGGUUUAAGCCCUCUAUGUUUUGUAGCACACAAAAGGGUAAGUGGUCUUGUCCAAGGGAAGAAGGAAACAGAUCAUCCAGUGCGUUACUUGGUGUGCUCUGGAGUUCACUUCCUCCCUUUCAUCAGUGCUUGCAGCACCUAUCAGAGGACGCUACUGUCCUGCCAGCAGCACAAUCACUUUGGGCAUUGAGGAAAACAUGAGAUGAACUACACCAAAGCUCAGGAUCCUCACUUUGCCACCUUGCCUACCCCAGGGACUCCAGGGACUUAAUGGACAACUUAAGUGAGAAGGGUGCUCAUGGUUUGACCCUCACCAACUACUUUCCCAGCCCAGCUUAGAGGAAGGCAAAUCCAUGAAGUGGCUCAGCUAAGCUGCUAUCCUCUUUAGGUAGUUCAGCCUGGUCCUCUUCAACUGAACAGGUUUACCCCAGCAGAAAUGCCAGCAUCUCUGUCUGGGAAAAGCUACAGUUCUGACUGCACAGCAUUUUGGCUCUAUCCUCCUAUCCCUUCGCCGUAUGGGGAGAGCUAGAAGAGGUCCAGUUGUGGCCCAGGUCCCCACAGCCUCCAUCAGGCAGAGUCUGAGUGGCUCUGCCCCUGAAACUGGCAUGAAAUCAGUUACAACCACCUGGGAUACUCACAGUAGGAGGCUCUACUCAGCCACAUCUGUGUAUGUAAAUGAGGCAGUUUGGGGCAAUAUUUCUGGGUGCUGGACUCAAUCAUCUGUUCUGGGUUUGGGGAUGGCCCAGUUAACCAAUGCAUCAAGAGGGGGUUAACCCUAGGCAAGGACCAUACCUGUAGACAGUUGGCAGCCACCUUGCAGCCACCACAGGCAAACAGCAGAGCAGGGAGGAUACAGGUUGUUCCAACCGCUUGGUGACAGGGAAUAGUCUCAACCAUGUUAAAAGUUUCUCCUCUAGACUUGGUCAGUGACAUCAGAAGGAGGUGCUGUGUCACUGUAAAGCAGCUCUGCAGGGAGUCACACAGGAGAAUUCACAGAAGGGAACAGACCUUACAGGUCAAAUGAAAAUGCUGUUCUUCAAAAUGAUGUGGUGUGAUGUCUUUUACAGCCUCCUCUGAAUUAGCUAAAACGAUAUGUGGCAAAAGAAUACAAUGCCUGCAUUCACACGCCUCGGUGCCAAGAGGCAUUGCUCUGCCCCAUGCAAGUUCUUUAUUCAUCCUUGUUAGUGACACUGGGAUGAGUAGACUACUUGACAAUAGCAUCUGCACUUAUCUGACCUAGUUCUCAAGACAGGCUUUAAUAAGGCUUUUCCAGUCAUUUCACCCUGUCGUUCUAUGUGGGCCCAAUUGUUCAUGAUGUUUCAAGAUGUUUCAAGAAGCUGGUGCACAAACAAGCACCAGCACCUCCAGGAAAGGUGUAACACAGCAUUUAGCUAGAUGUGCCAGCUAAUGUGGGCUGGUCCGUGACACAUUUGUCAUCGGAGAGACAAGAAAGCCUGCUGAAGAGUCCCUUCUGCUGUCCCAGCUAGUGAUGGUUGCACACCCCUGCACUGUGUAACGUGGUGGCUCAGCUGCCCAGAAAGCUCCCUCUUGUCUCCAGUUUGGCUGCGGUGCACAUGGUCCCUUUGAUAUGCCAGUACAAGAUUUUCCAAGUCUUUAAAGAGCUUUUCAGCACAGGUCAGCAUCCCACCUCAGUUUGGAGAGAUACAGAUGCAGUCCAACAAAUGAGUCCCCAGUAAACUAGACUGCAAUAGCAGCUACAUCAGUUCAAAGUGGAGGGAAGAUGGGCUCAUGUGGCUCAUACAGAGGCAAGCACCACAUCCAUGAGCAGGUCAGCACUGACUGCCAAAGCUCUGGUAGGAACAGACAACUGCAAUGACGCUCAUGCCAAGGCUGAGUUAGUAUCUUCAUGCGCAGAGGGCACUGAAGUCAGGUAAUUUCAACUACCCUCACAUGCCAUUGAAGAGGCCACCACUGGUUUCUGUAUUAAGACAAGACUGUUUUCCAGAUCCUCAAAUGAUGUAAAAAAAUUGUUCAGCUGAGGAGCUGGUCCCAAGGAUUCAGGAUAUCAUCCAGUGGUGGAUUCAAAGCUGAGCUUUGCCCUGUUGGCCUCAGCAUGGAGUGAAGAAGACACUGGGAUGUGAGUGUCAUCCCUGGGAUCAAAAUGUCAACCUGUCUGAAGUAAAUUCUACAAAGGCAGAGGCCAUUUGCAGUCCUGAUGCAUCUGGAAUGUGAGCUCAAAAGACUCUUGCAACCAAAACUUGAAUCCAGUAUCAUUUCUUCAGAACACCUGUAUCUGAACAGAGCUAGUGUCUUUUUCCUCCUUCUUUGCCAUGGCUAAGUGCACUACCCUUAUAGUCUAUUUUUCAUCAUGGACUGGGCACUCUUCGCAGUAUUGGGUUGUAAAUAUAAAGAAUUAUUUGUUUUGUAAACUUUUGUAAAAAAAAAAGAAAAACCAACCAAAAAGUAAUAAUAUUUUGGUAGGAAUAAUAAAAAUCAUAUUAUUUGGGUUAUAUUUAUACAUAUGUGAAAUAAAUAUACUAUCAAAAAAGUUGUAUUUUAUACAAGAAGUCAACGGUUACCUUUUGUAUUCUAUAUACAAAGUUUUGUAUGAUACAAUUGUUUAUUUUUAUCUGCAGACUUCAACUUUGGGUUCUGGGGGAGGGCAGAAUGGGAUCGUGGUUCAACAGCUGGGUCUGACCCCAAGCUCACCGAAACCAAUGGAGUCUUUCCAUUGCCUUCACAGGGCUUUGAAUCAAGCCUUUAAAUCACCUUCAGAUAUGUUUGACAUCUGAAGCUCUCUGGAAACCUCAACAUGAAAACAUUCCAGGUUUCACAUUUUUUCCCUGAAAAAAAGGCUUUUAUUAUUAAUAUUAUUAUUGUUACUAUUACUGCAGCUCUUGGGAGGCAGGUGGGACCUAUGUAAUUGUCAUGUCCUUGUUGCAUGUAUGUCUGCUUUAUAUUUUCCCCAUAUUAUAAACCAGUGUUUCUCUAUACAGACUGAAAUGAAAAGUUGCUGUACAGAAAUGUUUGUGUUUAUGCAUUUUUACGUGGCUGUAUAUACCUCCUAGUACUAUGCAGUGACACUUAUUUGACUCCAUUUAUUUUUCACCUAAACAUGAAUAGUAUGUUUUUCAGUAGCUAUCAAAACUCUGCCAAGUAAAUCAAUCAAAAUUA